GGGAUCUUAAGUAUGCGCCCUCACGAUGACAUGGCGUCUGGAUGGUUAUCGGGCCCAAGCCCCGAAUACGAGCUUUGUUUCAUUGGCAGCUGCAACCCAGGCUUGUCCAUUAAGCUGCAAGGGUCCUACGCGAGACGGUCAUGGCAGUCUCGUUAUGCGAUGGUGAGGCUCUUGAAUUAACGUUCCCGAGGGGCGAAGGAGAGCGAGCACGUUGUAUAAAGGCCACUGAAUUCACCAGGGAAAAAAAAAGACAUUUAAACUCAAACAUCUUGUUCCCAAUACAACAAGCAAUAACUGCUCUCAUCUUUGAAGUUAGACCAAUCCUACCCCUUAUCUUAGCCCUAAGUCACUCUGAACAAUGUCGGCCCCCACUCCCACCAACUACUCGAUGUACUCUAUCGUCGGCGCAUACGGCAUCGGCCUGAUUCCGCAUGGCUAUUACUUCGUCAAGAUGAUGGCCAACGCAAAGGGUCUUGCCACGAACAUCCUUCCCCGCGAAAACCUUGCAACCCUCAAAGGCAAAGUUAGCGACAAGGUCUGGACACAACUCGCCAAGGCGCGUGGCGCCCAUCUCAAUGCUAUGGAGAACUUGCCUCUUUUCGCUGUUGCCAUGCUCGCCGGAAACGUCGCGAAGAUCCCCACAAGCGAACUCAACGUUCUUUCUCUAGAGUACCUCGGCGUUCGUCUGCUUUACAUGGCGACGUACAUGGGUGCGCGCUCAGAGGCGAUCAGUUAUCUGCGGACGGGGCUGUGGGCGUGGAGUGUUUCACUCCCCAUCAUGGCGCUGGUGAAGGCGGGGAAGGCGUUUAAUGAACUUGACUAGAUGAGAAGGGACUGCGCUUGACGUCUCGGCCAGAAAGUUGGAUAGAUAUUUUGGAAGUCAUUGUAUAUUUACUAUGUGUUGCUUUUAUGUGUGAAUAUGACUGGCAUAAUUUUGUUCAUUCCAUCGUCGUCUGAGAAGAUGCACGACGGGGAUAUCUACAAUGGGAAAAUAGUGGGAAGAAGUGAUG